GCCAGAAGAGGCACAAGUGCCACCAAUAAACCCCGUUAUUAAGACAGGUGUUUAGUAACAAAUAAGACCACACUUCGCGUCCGGCAACGACCCCGGUUCGCGCUUCCUCCCGAGGGAUCCCGAGCCGCGACUCGCGCUUUUAACUCGCGCUUUCCACUCGCGCUUUCCCGAGGUUUCCCGCGGAGCGAUCCGGCCACGCGUCCGGAGUCAACUCCGACGUUUCCGCGACGUCUUCGAAGUUUACCGCGACGUCUUCGAAGUUUCCCGCGACGUCUUCGCAGUUUCCCACGACGUCUUCGCAGUUUCCCACGACGGUUUUGCAGUUUCCCACGACGUCUUUGCAGUUUCCCACGACAGCUUUGAAGUUACCCACGACGUCUCCUGUGUUUUCCCCGAUUGACACGCUUUUCCGAGUUGAUUUUCCCGGGAUCGGUGCGUGAUUUACACCGUCAGAGUGACCCGACGGUUGGCCUUGACCCCGUUUCCUCCGAUCAACACAGUCCUCGGAGUUAAUUUUCGCGGGAUUGGUGUAAAUCAUUGACGUCAAAAUUGUUCCCACUCUUUCGGUCCUCUAACCCUGAUUCCAGCAUUUCUUCGACCUAAUAUCUUUGCAUUCAGUGUUCUCUGUCUGUGCGUCUUGAAGGAUUACUUUAAAACUCCGCGAAAAUUCUAGUAUCAGACCGCGAAAUUUUGGAGAGAAAUUGCAAAUUUUCCCGUCAAGUCUUGCUGUUUUUUUUGGUCGUUGUCCACGACCACGUAGUGACUCGUUGUUUUUCGAGGACAGAAAAGAACAGAGAGGAGCUCCAGGAGUGCGCUGUUCCUGAGUGAAAAGCGAGAGAAACAAAAAGCAAAUUGAAGAUCGAUAAAGAAACUGUGAUCGGUGAGGAAAAAACCCACAUGGACACACGGGUGUUUUGUUGACCCGUUUCCGGUGUGAAGUCGGUGUUGAGUGGUGCCUGUUCGGACAAAUCAGUUCGUUGGUAAACUGGUCCUCGGUGGACUGAGCGGCGUGUCAUUUCUGUGAACACUCGACUCUUCAAAGCUCCAGAGUUUAGAAACGUCGAACGAUGUGUGAAAAGAGUUCUAAAAGUCGAAAUGAAAUACUUUAAACGCAAUUUUCGGAUGGUUCUCAGUUGUGCCAUGACGGCAAUUUGAAAAAUAUAACACGAUCAAGUUAGAAAACACUUAGAAUUGUUUUUUUCAUACUCAUUAUUUAAAACGGCCGGUUUUGGUGCGAUAUUCAAACUUGCUAGAAAUGAAAUACUCUUUUGAAAAAACUUAAAUUUUUACAUAUUCGUUUUUCACAUUCCCUCAAUACUUCAAAAGUUCGUGAAGCUUUUUUCGAUACUGAUCAAAGUUUACAUUAAAAGUUGGUUAAUCUUUCAACAUUUUAAAAGUGCCAAGUUCAAAGUGACCUGCGAUUCUGAAAGUUCGAUUGUAAGAAAGUUCGAGAAGCUUUUUUCGGAACUUAUCAAAGUUCACAUUACAAUUUGAUCAUCACUGAGGCAACAAUUUAAAAGCUCUAAGUUCAAAGUGACCUGCGAUUCUAAAAGUUCGAUUGUAUGAAAGUUCGUGAAGCUUUUUUCGGAACUUACCAAAGUUUACACUACAAUUUGAUCAUCACUGAAGCAACAUUUUAAAAGUUCUAAGUUCAAACUGACGUGCGAUUCCGAAAGUUCGUGGAGAUUUUCUCGAAAUUUUUCAAGGUUUACAAGUUGAUUCGUCGCUGAGGUAACAUUUUAAAAGUUCGAAGUUCGAAUUGAAGUGCGAUUCUGAAAGUUCGAUUGUGCGAAGUUGUGCGCGGGUGUGGAGUGUCGGGAGGUGUUUGAGUGACCCGCGACAUCUGAAGGAGGGCGAAUCCAAUCGGAAAGGAGGCCAAAGUUGCCGGGGACUGGCGCUGGUUUCGGCGUCCGAAAAAUGCCGGCGGAAUGCGAAUGCGGGAGUGCGGUUUUCCGUUUCCGGUGUGACACUCGGGCGCGAGGAUCGGCGUAGCGGCUAAGAUGAAGCGGAGACGACACAACAGGAUAAAAGUUUGGACUAAUUUCGCGAUAAAUGUCUCCAAUUGUGAUCAGUCACCGAUCAUAACCUAGAACUUGGAAUAGGAGACUCGGGCGCGAUGAGCGGGGUUGCAGACACGAUCCCGGCGCUGGCGGGGAUGGCGGCUUCGGCGGCCUCGAACGUGGCCUGGAUCGCGCCGGUGCUCAUGGCGGCGCUGGCCUAUUUCAACUACGACCUCCUCGACCCGGACGCCCGGCCCGUCAACGUCCAGACCAGGCUCCUCUACCCGGAGUACGACUUCAUCAUCGUCGGCGGCGGCUCCGCAGGGGCCGUUUUAGCCAACCGACUGACUGAAAUCGAGAACUGGAAUGUGUUACUUCUGGAGGCAGGCGGAGACGAGACUGAAAUUUCGGAUGUACCUCUUUUGGCAGCUUAUUUGCAGCUUAGUCAACUCGACUGGAAAUAUAAGACUGAACCUUCGGAUUCUGCGUGUUUAGCAAUGAAAAACCGUCGAUGCAACUGGCCGCGAGGAAAAGUGAUCGGGGGUUCGAGCGUGCUCAACUACAUGCUCUACGUGCGGGGGAACAAGAAGGACUACGCACACUGGGAGUCCCUGGGGAACCCGGGGUGGGGCCCGGCGGAGGCCCUGUACUACUUCAAGAAGUCCGAGGACAACAUGAACCCCUACCUGAGCCGGACCCCCUUCCACGGCACCGGGGGCUACCUGACCAUCACCGAGGCCCCGUGGCACACGCCGCUGGCCGCCGCCUUCGUCCAGGCCGGCGAGGAGAUGGGCUACCCCAACAGGGACAUCAACGGCGAGUUCCAGACCGGGUUCAUGGUCGCCCAGGCCACGCUCCGCAGGGGGGCUAGGUGCAGCACGGCGAAAUCGUUCCUGCGGCCGGCGCGACUGAGGCCGAACCUGCACAUCGCAAUGCACAGUCACGUGACGAGGGUGCUGAUCAACCCGAAGACGAAGAUCGCCUACGGGGUGGAGUUCUCGCGGGACGAGAAGAUCAACAUCGUGCGGGCCCGCAAGGAGGUCAUCCUCUCGGCCGGCUCCAUCAACAGCCCGCAGAUCCUCAUGCUCUCCGGCAUAGGCCCCAAGAGCGACCUCCUCAAGCUCUCCAUACCUGUUAUCCAGGAUCUCAAGGUGGGCCACAACCUGCAGGACCACGUGGGCCUGGGCGGGUUCACGUUCCUGAUCAACGAGAAGAUCUCGAUCGUGCAGGACCGGAUCGAGUCGGUGCCGUCGGUGCUCAAGUACGCCAUGCUCGGCGACGGCCCCCUCACGGUGCCGGGCGGCGUGGAGGCCCUGGCCUUCGUCAACACCAAGUACGCCAACGAGACGGAGGACUACCCGGACAUCGAGUUCCACCUCGUCUCCGGCUCGACCAACUCCGACGGCGGCGUCCAGAUCCGCAAGGCCCACGGCCUCACCGACGAGUUCUACGAGAACGUCUUCGCCCCGAUCAACAACCAGGACGUCUGGUCGGCCAUCCCGGUCCUCCUCCGCCCCAAGUCCCGGGGGUUCAUCAAGCUCCGCAGCAAGAACCCCUUCGACUACCCCGUCAUCAUCCCCAACUACUUCAAGGAGAACAUCGACAUCAAGGUUCUGACGGAAGGCGUGAAGAUCGCGCUGGCGAUGAGCAAGACGAAGACGAUGCAGCGGUUCGGCUCGAAGCUGCACUACCUGCCGUUCCCGGGCUGCGUGCAAGUGCCCAUGUACACGGACGCCUACUGGGAGUGCAUGAUCCGCCACUACUCCUGCACCAUCUACCACCCGGUGGGCACGGCCAAGAUGGGGCCCUACUGGGACCCGGACGCCGUCGUCGACCCCCAGCUCCGGGUCUACGGCAUCAAGGGGCUCCGGGUCAUCGACGGCUCCAUCAUGCCCACCCAGGUCAGCGGCAACACCAACGCCCCCAUCAUCAUGAUCGCCGAGAAGGGCGCCGACCUCGUCAAGGAAUUCUGGUGCAAAGACUGUCCGCAUGUACGGAGAUGUGAUGUAAUGAGCGAAACAAGUUUAAUAAACUUCGGUUUAUUUGCAGAAAAGAAUGCUCAACACGUUCUUAAACAUCCACCUAGUAGGAAAAAAAUGGCGCCUACCUCGGAAACAACGCUUAACAUCCCACCACGGGCGUUGGUGGGUAUCUCCACUGCUCGAAUAGCCUACUCAUAUGGUCCCGGAAUGGCUCUCCUGGUCCUCCUUCGUUUGGUCAUCCAAAUGUAUCGGCCUGACGUAGAGGAUGAAGAGCAUCGGAUAAGGGAUACACCCGUUAAUAAAAUGUUCGGAAAAUAUGACUUCAUCGUCGUUGGUGGCGGAUCGGCUGGUUGCGUUAUCGCCAAUCGGCUAACCGAGAACCCUAAUUGGUCGGUGCUACUGCUAGAAGCUGGUGGAGACGAGACCCUGCUGAUGCAACUACCCAUGUUGUACCCCGCCCUUCAGUUCUCGCCUUUCGAUUGGAUGUACAAAUCUGAGCCCCAGGAACACGCUUGCCAGGGACUCAAUGAAGCUCGAUCGAACUGGCCACGAGGAAAAGUUCUUGGCGGAUCUAGCGGUCUGAAUGCUAUGUUCUACGUUCGUGGGAACAAAAGGGAUUACGACAGAUGGGAAGCGGAAGGAAAUACUGUCUCAAGAACCUCUAUUAAUGAUUUUCAUCAGGUGCUACUGCUAGAAGCUGGUGGAGACGAGACCCUGCUGAUGCAACUACCCAUGUUGUACCCCGCCCUUCAGUUCUCGCCUUUCGAUUGGAUGUACAAAUCUGAGCCCCAGGAACACGCUUGCCAGGGACUCAAUGAAGCUCGAUCGAACUGGCCACGAGGAAAAGUUCUUGGCGGAUCUAGCGGUCUGAAUGCUAUGUUCUACGUUCGUGGGAACAAAAGGGAUUACGACAGAUGGGAAGCGGAAGGAAAUACUGGAUGGAGCUUUGAGGACUGCCUGCCGUACUUCAAGAAGGCGGAGAGGGUAAACAUCCCACACUUGAUGGAGGACGAAUGGCACGGACACGAUGGGUAUCUGCAAGUGGAGGAGUUCCGCUUCAAGUCCAUGAUAACGCACGACAUCGUCUCCGCCGGCCCCGAGCUCGGAUACGACAUCGUCGACUACAACGGAGCCAAACAAACCGGCAUCUCCUACUUCCAAGCUACUGUGAAGGACGGUUUGCGGUGCAGCACGGCUAAAGCAUACUUGCGACCAAUCAGGAAACGACCCAACCUACACGUGAGCAUGUUCUCUCACGUUGAGAGGAUCAUCUUCGACGUCGGACCAGAUGGAGUGCCCAAAGCCGCAGGCGUCAUCUUCCGAAAAGCUGGGAGUGUGCCCAUCAAAGUAAUGGCCGAGAAAGAGGUCAUCCUGUCCGCAGGUGCUAUUGGUUCCCCACAGUUGCUGAUGCUCUCGGGUGUAGGUGACCCUCACCACUUGGCUGAGGUGGGUGUGAACCCGGUUCUUCCUCUACCAGGAGUGGGCCAAAAUCUGCAAGACCACCCGGCGAUGGGUGGUGUGACCUAUCUGCUCACCUCGCCCGUCGAGUCUAAACCCAUCGGAGCCGCUGUCGUGCUACCGCGAUUGCUCACCCUUAACACUGUUCGGCGGUUCUUGCUGGAAGAGGACGGACCCCUCUACGUUCAGCCUUUCGGAGAAGCCCAUGCUUUCGUCAACACAAGGUACGCGAAUGCGUCGGACGACUGGCCGGACAUCCAGCUGUACUUCGCGACGGCCGGGGACAACGACGACGGCGGGAUGUUCAACCGACGGAACAACGGGAUCACGGACGAGUUCUACGCGCAGGUCUUCGAGCCGAUCCUCUACCAGGACGCCAUCACCAUCGCCCCGCUCCUCCUCCGCCCCGAGAGCAGGGGCUACAUCCGCCUCAAGAGCAAGGACCCCUACGUCUACCCGGAGAUCCAGCCCCGAUACCUCAGCCACCCCAAGGACAUCGCAACCAUGGUUGAAGGUGGGAAGAUUGGAUUCAUGUUCAGUCAAACAAAAGCACUUUCCAGGUACAACAUGAGUUUGCAUACGAAUCCUAUACCAGGCUGCGAAGAAUAUGAGCCUCUAUGUGACGAAUGGUGGGAGUGUCAGGCACGACACUACACGAUGACGAUCUACCACCCUGUGGGGACGUGCAAGAUGGGCCCCUCGGCGGACGAGACGACGGUGGUGGACCCGCGGCUGCGCGUGUGGGGGGCGCGGGGCCUCCGCGUCGUGGACGCCUCCAUCAUGCCGUACAUCGUCUCCGGCAACACCAACGCGCCCACCGUCAUGAUCGCCGAGAAGGCCUGCGACCUCAUCAAGGAGGACUGGCAGGCCCACUGGGAGGAGGGCGUCAACACCCUCACCGGCCAGAAACCCACCGCACGAUCCAGGUCAAAGGUCGAGAGGAUCUACACCAAGGAGUACUAGUCAGCCCUCGUGAACUCGCCUAAAUCUCUUAAGGUUGAUUCUUAGAGGGUUGGCUUCGAAUGGAGCUCAUUCUCAGAGACAUCUCGGGUUCUGAUGUCAUACUCGGUCAAAUAGAUUUAUAGCCAGAGGCAAUAGAUUUUAGAGACCCCGCAUUGCUAUCUUACCAUGGUGUAGAAGUUACUUUUGGAAGUCGACACCUAGACUGAUAAGAGAGAUGAGACAACUAAACUCAAUGGAGAAUAUGCAUACAACAAUUUUAUUGGUUCAUCUGAGAAAGCUUUAUGAGCUGAGUUCGCGGUAUUUUUCAUAAUUUUUUUCUGACAUGGGAAAUUGGAGAAAAAUUGAUUUUAAAGUGAGAAAAUGUACCGCCUUGUGACGUCAUCUGGCGGCAUUUUCCAUUUAAACACAUGUAUUUUGCCAGAUUAGGUUAUUCUGUCAUAUCUUCUCCAAUAAUUGUUCAAUUUAGAACCCAAGGAUAUCCGCGUAAUCAGUUUUCCUAGUAGUCUCAUUGUAAAGAUGAAUUUUACAAAAUUUCAGACAUCUGCAAAUUCUCCAUUGCCUAAUGAUGACUCAUGACCAAAGAGUUGAGCACUUGCUUUCGCAAUCCAUCAACUGAUUCCAAUAUCUUUCUCUGCCAUUUCUUCUGUCAUUUCGUUUGCUCCGUGUCGUGCCUCUACCAUUUCGUAGUUCAUGUCAGUUUGUAAUCUUCCCAACUGGCGAAAGUGUCAACUUUUUGACCGUUCUUGUUGGGACACCAUUAGCACCAAUCUGAGACUGAGAAACUGGAGCCAAUUAAAAAUGGACGCGACAAGUCUGAACUUCCAUUGAAGAGGACUCAAGCCUCGAGGAGUAAUCCUUUCCUUCCCUUAAAUCCCUCCUUCGCCUGUGAUUUGUACUUUUAAACAUCAAGCCUAUAGAAAUGUAACCAUACAAAAACAACAUCACUCCUAUCCUGGUCUUCACUUCUGGCAAAAUAUUAAUUAAUGUAUUCUAAAAGUUGAGAUUCCACAAAAAACAUCACACUCCUUCUUCAUUUUAAAAAUAUUUUAAAGUUUCAAUCACGGCAACGUAUUCGAAAAUUGCUUAAGCUAUUUCUCUUUCACUAUUCAGGUGAGAUCUAGAGUGGAUGAAAUAGGAUAGGUAUAAAGAUACUACUGGCUAUUGAAUAAGGUUUCAGUACUUAAAAUUUGCUUCAUCCUGUGUAAGGAGACAACAUUUUCCCUCAGAAAUUUGAAACUCUCGAAAAGACAUAAAAAUCUGGGAGACUUGGCCCUCCAUAAACCGAAAGCAUCACAUUUUAUUCUCACUGAUAUUUCUUUGAGACCCAUCACAGUUACAAAUGUACCUACAAGCUAAAUAUGUUGAUUAAGUUACAAAGUUGUUUUCCUUUUAUUCUCUCCUUUUCCCAAUUGAUUCUGAAAAUCUAUGUUUGGUUCAGCUUAUUGUGAUUCUUAAUUUAUUUGUUAUUUUAUUGGUGAGAUACCUAAUUUAUUUUAUGUUUUAAUUUUUGAGUGUAAAUAAUAUUAUGUAAAAAUUGUGCUUCUAAUUUAUUGUACAAGUUCUUGAAAGUCUUCAUUGUGUAUAUCUAAAUACAGUAUACAUUAAAAAGUCUA